UAAUUUUCUGACGAGGAAUAAUUUUUGAUUUUUACUAAACUACUUUCUCAAUCCCGUGCAAGAGCAACUAUGCAGAAGAGGGAAUCGGCGAAGGCCUCCGGCUCAACCGGGACUCCGGCGAAACGAGGCCGGCCAUUCGGAAGCACUUCAGGAAGUGCCGCUGCUUCCGCGGCCGCUGCAGCGGCUGCUGCUGCCGCCGCCGCCGCCGCUGACUCCGUGGCUCCUGCCUCUCUUCUUGGCCCCACCCUCCAAGUUCCCAUUUCUUUCGCCGAUCAAAAUAAUAAAAGGAUUGUUCUAGCUCUACAAAGUGGACUGAAGAGUGAGUUAACAUGGGCUUUGAACACUCUAUCACUGCUUUCAUUUAAAGAGAAGGAUGAUCUUCGAAGAGAUGCGAUUCCUCUUGCUAAGAUACAAGGGCUGCUAGAUGCUCUUCUUCAAAUUAUAGAUGACUGGCGUGACAUAGCAAUUCCUAGGGAUUACAAAAGGUCGUCAAGGCUAAGAUUACUUGGGGAAGGUUCCACAGUUACGGGGUUUGGAAAUGAGUACGAUGUGACAAAUUCUGUUGAUGUUCCUUCCCAUCAAGGCAACCCGGGGAAUGUUUUGUCAAACAUGGAGACCUCUGUUCGCAAAGCUUCAAAAAACCGGGUUUCAGACUGGUGGUUUGAGGAAGAUGGCUUAUUUAAUCUUGAUGAUGAAGGACGCUCAGAAAAGCAACAAUGUGCAGUUGCUGCUUCAAAUAUCAUUCGUAACUUCUCAUUCAUGCCUGAAAAUGAGACGAUUAUGGCUCAAAAUAGGCAUUGCUUGGAGACUCUAUUCCAGUCUAUUGAAGAUCAAUAUAUGCAAGAUGAAGAGCUCAUAACCAAUGCACUUGAGACAUUGGUAAAUUUGUCACCUCUGCUCGACCUUAGAAUAUUCAGCUCAUCAAAGCCUUCUUAUAUUAAAAUAACGGAGAAAGAUGCAGUGCGUGCCAUUCUGAGGAUGUUGGAAUCUUCAGUUAAGGCAUGGCAUUGUGCAGCUGCUGAACUUCUUGGGCGUCUAAUAAUCAAUCCUGACAAUGAGCCAUUUCUUCUUCCUUCAGCUGCUCAGAUUUGUAAGCGUUUGGUAGAUCUCCUCAGUGUAUCCGCAGUGGAUGGACAAGCAGCUGCUGUUGGUGCACUCUACAAUCUCGUGGAAGUGAACAUAGAUUGCAGGCUGAAGCUUGGCAGCGAGCGGUGGGCCAUCGAUCGACUCUUGAAGUUGGUGAAAAGUCCUCAUCCAGUUCCAGAAGUUUGUAGGAAGGCUGCAUUGGUACUGGAAAGUCUUGUUUCUGAACCACAGAAUAGAGCACAUCUUGCUUAUCAUGAGACUACUUUUGCAGAAAUCCUCAUGUCUGAUGGAAAGUAUUCUGACACCUUUGCGCGAAUUUUGUAUGAGUUGAACUCCAGGCCUAGCAGUAAAGUUGUUACAGCUCGCGGAGUUUGGGGAAUGUGACAGUUCUCUGGCUUCACUAGUGGUGUAUUAGGUUCGUCCUACAUUUAUUCCCAAACCAAUUUUGAUAACGUUCUAAAUUCUGAUCUUAGAGAUUUUCAUCUUGUUUUUAGGAGUUUCUUCUUCCAGCAAUGGAGAAAGAAACUAUUAAGUGGUUGAUUGGUUAUGUGUUUUAUGCUACCAUGAGUUGCAGCUAUUAUUUUUUAGUGUUUGAUUCAUUGCCAAUGGUAAAAUAUUGGUGAAUUACUUCAGAUUCUUGGUGUUAAGUUCAUCUUAAACUCUUUUA